UAAAAAACAAAAGCAAAAGCCACAACGGAGAAUGAAAAUAUCGGAUCUCGCCCAUUUCUUCAAAAGCAACCCUCGAGAGUGAGAGAUUUGGCGCAGUGGUGUCAACGACUGGCGACCGAGGGAAGAAUCGGAAACAACGAGGCUUUCGGAGAAGCGACGACGGUCGAUCGGCACGAUCCGAGGCAGCGAUGAUCCGCAAGGCCGUCGUCGCGUUCCUCGCCCUCGCCAUCAUCCUUCUCGGCUUUUCCAUCACCCACAAGGAGGAUAAACUUAAGGUGGAAAAAGAGCCUGAAAAAACUCAUAGAGUUUUCUUGGAUGUCGAUAUUGAUGGCCAACAUUUAGGUAGGAUUGUCAUUGGACUAUAUGGAGAGGUGGUGCCAAAAACUGUUGAAAAUUUUAGAGCUCUCUGCACAGCAGGUGAAAAGAGCAAUGGGACUGGUGGAAGAAAUCUUCACUAUAAGGGAACAAAAUUUCAUCGUAUAGUUUCUGGUUUUGUGAUACAAGGUGGUGAUAUCACUAAUGGUGAUGGUAGGGGCAGUGAAUCUAUAUAUGGUGGUACCUUUCCUGAUGAGAACUUCGUCAUAAAGCAUUCACAAGCAGGUAUAGUUUCUAUGGUGAACUCAGGGCCUGAUUCCAAUGGAUCCCAGUUCUUUAUAACCACAGUUAAGGCAAGCUGGUUAGAUGGGGAGCACGUUGCCUUUGGUAGGGUUAUUCAGGGCAUGGAUACCGUCUUUGCCAUCGAGGGAGGAGCUGGAACAUAUAAUGGGAAGCCAAGAAAGAAAGUCAUCAUCGUUGAUUCAGGAGAGAUACCAAAUGACCAGUUGGAUGCAGAAAAAUGAGCCAUUAGAUGCUAUCGCUUCUAGAUUGAUGAGUUCGCGCCAUCCAUUCGCGGUUGAUACAAAAAUGACAACCUUAUUGCAUUUUGGUGCAUUUAUGGUACUAGCAGCUAGGAGUUUGAAAGAGCUGGUAUUCUCUACGACAAUAUCUCGUGUACAUUAGCCUAGUAAAUUUCUUGGAUCAUAUGUGAUAGACAUUACCAGUUUACAAGAGG